AUGUUUCACACCGGUGAUCUCAAUAGCGGCAUCAACAAGGCUUUGGCUGAAUCUAAACUCGUUGCCUGUUUCGUAACAAAUGGCAAUGAGGAAAGUCGACUGUGGGAAGAUGAGUUCUUACAAGAUUCCGAGUUAAGCUCUCAGCUGCAAGAAAGAUCAGUCCUCUUGCGCCUGGACUUUGGUUCCGAAGAAGCCAACUAUCUUGCUGCAAUCUUUCCUAUUCCAAAAGCUCCAACUCUUGUCGCGAUAUGGAGUGGUGAACUCAAAGAGUAUUUAGCUGCAGGUACAACCAAACAAGAGUUUUUGGUGCGUCUUGGCAAGGCAUUGGAGUCUGCACACAGCCGGAGAAACGUAGAGAACGAUCGCCCAAGCUACUCGCAGACUUCAGAAUACCGUACGACGAACAUUCAAAAUCAACAAUCGUCAGAUCAUCCAUCCACUGGCGAUUUCGACGAUGGCUCUACAGUUCCUUUCCAAUCCACAAGCAAUAAUACAUCGAGCUCUAGCUCGCUUCCCAUAGAUCCUAGAGGUAAUCCACCUAAAGGUACGAAAAGCAAUGUGGAAGAUCAGCCUAAACAACCAUCUCAAGCUGAGGACACCGCAAAUUAUGCAGCUAUUCAAAGGAAGCGGCAUCAAGAGGCUAGAGAAGAGCGAGCGCGCAUCCUUGCACUCGUUGAGAGCGACAAAGUGAGAAGACGAAAGGAUGCAGAGCGCAAGGCUAACCGUAACAAUGAAUUGACCGCGAAAUCUGCGGCAUUCGGCGGCACGAGCUCGUCUGUUCCAGCUUCGGCACCAAAGGCACAGGACUGUGCCCUUCAGAUAAGACUUUUUGAUGGAUCCUCAAUUCGCUCCAAAUUUCCUAACACCAGUACUCUAAAUGGUGACGUCAGAAAGUGGAUCGAUGAUCACCAAAACGACGACGUGCCUUAUAUCUUCAAGCAUGUUUGCACCCCCUUACCAAACAAAACCCUUUCGAUGACGGAUGAAAGUCGAGACUUGGCGGCAUUAGGCCUUUCCCCGAGCGCUACUCUCAUUAUUGUUCCGGUUCAAGCGUACACUUCAGCCUAUGAGACAACAGAACCAAGGGGCAUCUUGUCUAGAGGAAUUGCUGCUGGAUACAGUUUGGGUACCUGGGGCAUUAAUAGGGUGCUGACCACUAUUGGUGGAAUCGUCGGGAGUCCGGCCGUCGCCCCAGGUAUAGAUGAGAGGAUCGAGGCCAGCGCGCCAGUAGGAGGUAGUCGUCCCUCGAACCUGAGAACUCUCAGAGACCAGAAUGAUAAUGACGCCCAUCAUGAGUUGUACAAUGGGAACACCCUGAAUUUCGAACCCCGGAAGGAUGAUCAUGAUGGAGAUGAUUGA